AGAUCCAGUCGCGUUCGACUUUCAUAUAAAAAGGCUGUGUCUCUUCUACGUGAUCAUCAUUUGAUCGCCAUCGCUUGCUAUCAUAUUAAACCAUUUUCUUUCGGCCGAAUCUCGUAGUUCGUUCGUCUGUCACGAUGCAUCUCACUUUUUGGGCUAUUGGCCUGUUUUGCCUCGUCGGACUGAUGCAUUCCCAUCCACUUGACGAAGUGGCUGAUCCCGACAAAAUUGUCAAUGGAGUGCCGGCUGCGGCUGGCGAAUUUCCUUACAUGGCUCUUUUGCAUUUGAACGGAUAUCUGUGUGGCGGUUCUUUGAUUGGCCCUUCGCACGUCUUGACAGCAGCCCAUUGCUUAUACGACCAUACUCUCUCGGAAGUGACCUUUUUCAACGUUUUCGUAAACACAUUGUCGAUAAGCGGUGGUGGAACUGGCGCUGUCGCCAGAGGAGUGAAGAACUUCAUCAUUCAUCCCAAUUACAAUCCCAACACCUUGGAUAAUGAUGUCGCUUUGCUAGUCCUGAAUUCACCCAUUACAAAUGUCGCGCUCGUCACUCUUCCGUCAGACACCAUGGCAAAUGCAACAACUUUGGCACCAACAACAACAAAACCUACAACCAGCAAACCUACCACAACGAUAAGAACGACAACUAGACCAACAACUACAACUAGGACAACCACAACUAGGCCAACCACAACUACAAGGACGACAACUAGGCCAACUACAAGGACGACAACUAGGCCAACUACAAGGACGACAACUAGACCAACUACAAGGACGACAACUAGACCAACUACAAGGACGACAACUAGGCCAACUACAAGGACGACAACUAGGCCAACUACGAGGACAACAACCACCAAACCGACGACAACAACUAAACCAACGUGUUCUUGUACGUGCCCACCGCCAACAACAACAGAAGGCAUUACAACAACGACCACCAAUCUUACAACAAUGACACUGGCUAGCUCACCAACAACAACUGCACCAGUGGCAAGUACAACUACGGCUAAUCCGCUAUGUCCAGCCAACUCGACGACGGCCACAAAACUAACACCGCUCGGUGAUUUUUACCAAACCAAAGCUUUCAGUACUUAUGCCAACAGUCCCGCUAUCAUUACAGGAUGGGGAACAACAUCUUCAGGAGGCAGCAUUUCCCAAGUGUUGCUGAAAGCUUCCGUCACCGUUCUAAACAAUACCGUCUGCAACAGCCAAUAUGGCUCUUCCUUUAUCGGAGCUGACAUGUUGUGCGCUGCCGCUCCGGGUACGGACACUUGCCAGGGUGACAGUGGUGGCCCGCUCUUCGUUGGUGGAGUGCAAGUAGGUAUCACCAGCUGGGGUAAUGGUUGUGCUGAUCCUAAUUAUGCCGGUGUAUAUACCCGAGUCACCACUUACGUUAGCUGGAUCAAGACCACACAGGCGAGCAAUCCCUAAGAUGGAAUAUCUAGGCAAUGUCGUUCGUCCUUUACUUGUGGACAUUCUUCACAUAUAAUUUGUUUGAUUUUUCAAUUGGCAGGGGAGUAGAUGAUGCCCAUCAGGUUUGAAUCUCAAACCAUCAUUAUGUUUUGCUAGAGUUUACGUGUACCGUGCUUUGCACUACAAAUUGCAAAAUUGAAUUUAAAAAGGGCAUAAUAAAAUUAUUUCUUGAGCAA